CACCUAAAAACCUUGUAAAAUGUUCAAAGCACAUUUAAUUCUAUUAUUUUUAGUCGGAAUCGCGCCAGUACUAGAAGUUAGUGCCGCUUUUUGUACAAAAUACGGACCAGAUGCCAAAGUUAUCAGAAUUUGUUGUCCCGGCUAUGAGGGAGACGGUGUGAACUGUGUGCCGUUCUGCAGGUGCGGUUGCAUUAAUGGUGUGUGUGUUAAACCCGACUUUUGUGAGUGUCAUGAAGGAUUUGCCAAACACAAUGGACCGCACUCACCGUGCGAACCGAUCGCAACAGCACUUCGUGAACCGCAGCCACACAGCUGCCUCGAGCGCUGCGCCAAUGGCACCUGCGUGGAUGACACAUGCACCUGUGCGCAAGGCUGGCUGCUGCAACAGCACGAAGGACGUGAGAUUUGUGUGCCACAAUGUAACGGCGGUUGUGUCAACGGUUAUUGCAGUGCCACGAAUAAUUGCGUUUGCUAUGAAGGUUUCGAGGCGCAAGCCUCUAAUCAGCGUGAGUGUGUUCGACGCUCGAGCAGCGGCGCACUGUCGACGCAAUUAGCGCAAAUGAAUGGGAUUCUAGUCUCGCUGCUACUGAUCAGCUGUUACUACGCGUAUUGGCGCACUAUAAAUACGCACACAGAGCACCACUCGAAGUGUGACCUGAAACGCAGCAUCAAAGGCAAACGAUAAGAAGAGCUCGAAAGCGCACCCGCGUAUACACGCAUUUUUUUCAAAACUGUACUGAAUUAAGUUAAGAUGUUUUUCUUCCAAAAUAAAAAUAAAAAGCCAUUGUGGUAUAAACAAGCAUUU